GGGACUUUUUCGGGGACGGAAUGACCGGCCGGCACUUCUCACGGGUCCUGAAGGCGGUCCCCGCCCGGCCUCAGAAUCCAGCCGCCCCGUGCUUUAUGUGAGAGCUAACUAAAUUCCUUCCAACUCUUGCAUUCAGACGUUUCCACCAACGCAACUACGUUUUCAACAUCCUUUUUCAGAUUCCGUGAGAAGAAUAUCCUAGCGGCGAAAGAACACCGAAUUGGGAGUCAAAAUCCUGGGUUCUAGUUCUCACUGUCUUUACCUGGCGUUGUGACAUUGGAGAGGUCCUUUUGACCUCUCUGGACUCCGGUUUCCUUUUCCGUAAAAUGAAGAGGUUGGAAAAGUAGGAAGUUCCUUCCAGUUUUGACAUUUGGGUAAUUGCCCCAAGUGUGUUUCUAAUUCCUGCCUCGAUUACAUAUCUGUGUUUUGGUUAAUCUUCAUGUGGGGCCCUUCCUUCCUCUCCAUUAAUCUGUGUCCUUGUCAAAUCUGGUUUUAGACUCAUAAAAAAAACUUUCCUAAGGAAUCCUGUGCUUCCUGAGCAGUCUGUUUUUUAGUCCAGGGACACGUACCUAAAUAAGAUUUUUUUAAAUAUGCUUUUCUUGACGUGUUUAAUGGUCUUGAGAAUCAUUAUAUUUGAACACUUUAAAGACAGUGAACUCUGAAGGAAGGGACUCUGGCUUAUUAAACUUAGAAUCCACAAUCUCAGACGCAACGCCUCGAGGAUGGUGCUCGGAAAAUGUUUGCUGAGGAGAAAACAUGUACUUCUCACAUUAUUUUCGUUGCUCUGUCCCUUAAACACUGAAAAGGAAAGCUGUAAAACUGCAGUCUUGAGAGCAGAGGGAAUAGAAGACCUGGAGGAAAAGAACUAUACUACUGGGUUCUGAACUAUACUAUGGAGUCUGUUGCAGUUUUCUCUCAAUAAAUUCUUCCAAGAAUAAUAUUCAAGAGACAUUAUUCAAUAGAUAUUUAUUGAGUGUCUUCUUCCCACUCUAAAGCAUCUUUUGUCGGGGGGAGGGCAGAGGGAAAAAUGUUGAGAGUUGAGAGUUCCAAGAAGAGGGAGCGUAUGCAAAGGUGCAAAAAUCAGGUGUCGAAGUAUUGGAGAUUACAAGUGGGUCAGAAUAACAAAAGCUUGGGAGGUGGAAGUGAGGGCACUAUGAGAGUAAGAUUAACAGAGGGCAGAUAAUGAGUCCUUGUUUAGCAUGUUUUGAAGUUGAACAUUAAACUGGGAUAAUGGGGAGCCACUGGAAGGUGUUUAGCAAAGCGGUGAUAAGUUCAAAUUUGCAUUUUAGAAAAAUCACUCUAGUUGUGAUUUGGUUAGUUGAUGUUUCAAGAGUGAAAAAAGAGCCUUUUGUAAGUCUAUUAUUGUAUUUCAGUUCGAUCACAGUAGGAGCAUUAACAAUAAUGGUAGUUAAUAUCUAGAGAGUAUUUAGUAUGGAAUCCCAUCUCUCUGACUAGACCGUGGACUCGUUCAGGGAGAAACAUGAACCAGAAGAUACUGAAGUUGGAGAACUUGCUACGAUUUCGCACUCUUUGUAGGCAGCUGCACGGCCUGGGUCAAAGAAGACCGUUAGCACAGUGGAGACACCUGUUUUCAUCUGUCUACCCAGUGUGGACGGCUCAGCUCUGUGUCCGACCCUGGCAGACAGAUGUGCUCAUUGGGGCUGCUUUGUCUCAAUAUAGGCUUCUAGUAACAAAGAAGGAAGAAAGAUUACGGAAAUCUCAGUUAUCUUCAACAAAAUCUAAAAAGGAGGUAGAGGUAUGGAUUGGAAUAACUGUUGAGGAGCUGGCCAGAGCAAUGGAUAAAGACAUAGAUUAUAUAUAUGAAGCUUUAAUGAACACUGCUAUUGACAUAGAUUCACUAGAAGCAAACUCACAUUUAGAUGAAGUCUGGAUCAAAGAAGUGAUAAAGAAGGCAGGAAUGAAGAUAAAAUGGAGCAAAUUAAAACAGGACAAAGUCAGAGAAAAUAGAGAUGCUGUAAGAAGGCCCCAGGCAGAUGCAGCUUUAUUAACCCCAAGGUCCCCAGUUGUUACUAUAAUGGGCCAUGUUGAUCAUGGAAAAACGACGUUACUUGACAAACUGCGAAAAACUCAAGUGGCAGCAAUGGAAGCUGGAGGCAUCACUCAGCACAUUGGUGCCUUUCUUGUUUCUCUGCCUUCUGGGGAGAAGAUAACCUUUCUUGAUACUCCAGGACAUGCUGCUUUCUCAGCGAUGAGAGCCAGAGGUGCUCAGGUCACUGACAUCAUCAUAUUGGUUGUAGCUGCAGAUGAUGGAGUGAUGAAACAAACUGUGGAAUCUAUUCAGCAUGCCAAAGAUGCUCAAGUUCCUAUUGUCCUUGCCAUAAAUAAGUGCGACAAAGCUGAGGCGGAUCCUGAAAAAGUGAAAAAAGAACUGCUAGCUUAUGACGUGGUGUGUGAGGAUUACGGAGGUGACGUGCAAGCAGUGCACGUCUCUGCUCUUACGGGUGAUAAUCUGAUGGCUUUGGCAGAGGCAACAAUUGCUCUCGCAGAAAUGUUAGAAUUGAAAGCAGACCCUACUGGUCCAGUGGAAGGAACAGUAAUAGAAUCUUUCACAGACAAAGGAAGAGGUCCUGUUACUACAGCUAUAAUUCAAAGAGGAACUUUGAGAAAAGGCUCGAUUCUGGUUGCUGGAAAGAGUUGGGCAAAAGUACGCUUAAUGUUUGAUGAAAAUGGUAAAACAGUCAACGAAGCCUCUCCUAGCAUGCCAGUGGGAAUUACAGGCUGGAGAGACCUUCCUUCUGCAGGAGAUGAAAUUCUUGAAGUAGAAUCUGAGCCAAGGGCACGUGAAGUUGUUGACUGGAGGAAGUAUGAGCAAGAACAGGAGAAAAAUAUAGAGGAUCUGAAAAUGAUAGAGGAAAAGCGAAAGGAACACCAAGAAGCACAUCGGAAAGCUCGUGAGAAGUAUGGCACUUUGAACUGGAAGGAGAGAUCAUUUAUGAAGUACCAAGAAAAAAAAGAACAAAAACCCUUAAAGUCAAAAGAGAAAACAGAAAGAGAUUCAAAUGUACUUCCUAUAAUUAUUAAAGGUGAUGUUGAUGGUUCCGUUGAGGCCAUUUUGAACAUUAUGGAUACCUAUGAUGCUUCACAUGAGUGUGAACUAGAAUUAGUACAUUUUGGUGUGGGUGAUAUUAGUGAAAAUGAUGUUAACCUUGCUGAAACAUUUCGUGGUGUUAUAUAUGGCUUCAAUGUGAAUGCAGGAAAUGUUAUCCAGCAGUCAGCUGCAAAAAAAAGAGUGAAAAUUAAACUUCACAAAAUCAUUUACCGUCUUGUUGAAGAUUUGCAGGAGGAACUGAGCAGUAGAUUGCCCUGCACUGUGGAAGAGCACCCAAUCGGUGAGGCUUCUAUACUAGCCACGUUCUCUGUAGCCGAAGGGAAGAAAAAAGUUCCUGUGGCUGGCUGCAGAGUCCAAAAGGGACAGUUAGAAAAACAAAAGAAAUUUAAAUUAAUCCGUAAUGGACAUGUUAUUUGGAAGGGCUCGUUAACCUCACUGAAACAUCAUAAAGAUGACGUUUCAGUCAUCAAAACUGGAAUGGAUUGUGGUCUCAGUUUGGAUGAAGAAAAGAUAGAAUUUAAAGUGGGAGACGAAAUUGUUUGUUACGAAGAAAAGGAAGUUCUAGCCAAGACUUCUUGGGAUCCAGGAUUUUAAAAUUGUAUUAAAAAUGUAAAUGAUAAAUGUCUUGAUUUAUUAUAGAACAACUAGUUUUGCUUUACUGAAGGUAAGAAUUCACCACUACUGGUCAAAAAGUACCCAAAGAGUUCAAGUGUUAACAAUGCAUUAACUGUCAAAAUGCUACAGAAAAAGGAAACCUUACUUAAGGAUGCCGUACUAGAAAUCCUGGAAUUGAAAAGAACCAUAUAUUAAAAGGGAAUUGUUAAUUAUUGGUAUAUCAUUGAAUGUAAUAAUCAGAGUUUAACAAACUUCAAGUGUACGUUUUAGUUAAGAGUGGUAGCAAGAGAAGCAAUUCUCCCUGAAUUGAGCUCCAGGGGCAAAAUAUGGUGCCAGUCAAAUACUGCUUGAAACCGUAUUUUUUAGUGUCACUAGUACUGAUGAGAAAACAUUAAAUUCCUGAGUUGAUGCUCAACAACGAA